CUUUUCAUCGACGACGAUUUUGCCUUCAUUGAGAAAAACCUGCUGGCCGCGUUGGACAACCUGCCGGCCGAUUGGCGACGCAAAGUUGCAAUUGCCACCACUCGCUGGAAUAGCCCCACAUUACGUCCCAGUGACCCGCACUUCACUCGCAAAUGGGCGCUCACAAAGGGGGAGAUCCCCUGGCCAGUGCAUGCCCCCUACAGCAAUGGUUACUUCUCACUGCUGGGUUACGAUCACGUGGCAGAUCUGGCUUUGGCCAUGUUCUUCACCAAACCCUUUCACAUUGAUGACGCCUGGUUAGGUCUUGUGAUGCAGCGAAUUGACCUUCAUUUUAGCGUUCCGCCUGGAAUCGAAUACUCAACUAAACCGGGGCCAAACCUCAGCAGGUAUAUCUGUGUUCCUCUCAACUCCAUUCUUAAUGCACCUUCGCAAACACAGUUGUAG